ACAUAUGGCACAACACAACCGAAUCCUGAUUAUUUUCGUCGAAUACUUAUGACGAAAUGUGCAAUCAGGACUGAAUAAGAUGCUAUUUAAUUGCUACCAAGUGCACAGAUUCAAUACGGCUAAAAAGAAAACCAAAAAGUGGUCAUUUAAAGAACACAACUAUGGCUUAUGUUAUUACAUACGAGAUAGCAGAAACAUAUCGGGUAUUGUGGGAAUUUUCUUUUUCCUCUUGAUGAUGAUAAUAUUUCUCGUGAGUGUACAAACGAAGAAUUAUGAAGAGUUGCCGGAGGACAACACUGGGCAAUCAUCCAGUUUAACAAGAAAUUUCGAAUUAUUCUCAUUCAGGGAAAAAUUUUGUAACUAUGACGAUAAAACAAUUGUGUGUAAAAAAAUUUACCCUUCAGUGAUGGAUGAUGUACAGGAAGAAAUUAAUGUGCUGUUUGACCAGAUCAGUUAUACGAACGCGUUAUCUCUCACCUUCCUUGAGAUAGAAGAUCCUGAAGAAGUCAUGCAAUCGCAGUGGUUGAAUAAAAUAAAUGUAAACAUCAAUUCCUUAACCAUCAAAAACACUUCUGUGGUCGAAAUAAAAGCCGGUUCAUUCGAAGGAUCAUCAUUCCAGAAUCUCACAGAACUUCAUUUAAUAUCACCUGGAGACUUCAGACUCAAUAGAAAGAGUCUUGCAGGAGCAAAAUCUUUGUCGAGUCUUUCUAUCGAGGGCCCUGGAUGUCAAAUCCUUUCUGGAGAGGAGGAAGUAUUCGGAGAAACACUUUCAUUAUCGAGUAUACAGAUUUUAGAUUGCACAUUGAGCCCAAAAGUACUGAGAAACCUCACAGGAGGAGAACCUAGCUUUUCUCUGGAGAAACUGGAAAUUUUGGAUCUAGAAAGAAACGUUUUCGGAAAACUAUUAGCUGAUUCUUUUUCGAAACUUCCAGAACUGAAGUCUCUUUAUCUCCAGAGUAGUGAUUUGAGCGGUGGACUAGACCCAAACGUCUUCAGAGGAAUACAUCCAAUUCAAAUUUAUAUGCAAGCAACCCAACUCACAAAACUUCCGAUGAAGAUUUUCGAUUCUAUCAUGGACCCAACCGUUAAAAUAUAUCUUUCUGAUAAUAAGUUUGAUUGCACUUGCGAUUUUGAAUGGUUUCAGGAUUUCUACGAGAUAUAUAAAACUGCUUUCGUAGGGAACCUGACAUGUUGCUUGCAUAACGAAUGUGUGGAUUUGAGUACUUUUUCUUUUUGUGGCUCUACUUCUUCUUUAACCACUAAUCCAGGGACUACUUCGACAAUAACGACUGAGUCAAGUAGUGCAGGUCAACCAACAGCUCACACAACUCCUGACAACUAUGAUCCAACACAGUGCAUUCCAGCAAACCGUUCCCUUGCUUCGUUCAAGAAAGAUGAAACUGAUAUCCCCAAAUUCAUCAUUUUGGGUCGAAAACACUUCAGAUUUGCCUUCACGCAAGUGGGAGAUGAGCCUAAGUACAUGGUAUCUAUAGAUAAGAUCCUAGAAAACGACUUGGUUCUAAUCUUUAUGAAUAGUGCAGGGUGGAUUUUCUGUUUAUCAGAUCUAGAAGAUAAUUUCAAGGUGGAAAACCUAGAACAUGACCAGACUUACACUGUAUGUAUAAUGAAAGCGACACAGUAUACAGUGUCUCCAAAAGAUUGUCAAUCAUUAACCGUUCCCCAAGAAUGGGGAAAGCGAAGUUGGAUUGACAACGACCAUAAGCUUCCAGUUGUAAUGGGUGCAUCCACCGCUAUUAUUGUCAUUCUGGUGUUCUCCGUCUGUGGCAUUUUUACUUAUGUUAAGAAUAAUCCAUACCUAAUAUACGGCAAAGAAAAUGUGAUUAUAGUAGAGAGAGAGGAUACCAAAAAAGACAAUGACAUGAACCAGAAUUACGAUCAACCAAAAUAUCCGCCUUCUUUGAUUAGUUGGAGUGACGGAUAUUUGACGCCCAAAGUAUAUGAGUCGGUUGAGGAAUUUUCUAUACCAUGCAUCGAUCAAUGUCCUACUGAAUAUCUGCAGAGGCCAAGGAUAUUUCCUACGGUUAGAAUAAACAACAUGGGAAAGGAAAAACUGGAGACAGUGUAUUCUCAGGCUGGUGAAAUUUACGAAUCCAUUAAUUUCAGCCCUGCUCUUUACUAUGUGAAUGAAGACUUUUCACACAAAUCGUACAGUACUCUGUAGAAUCCUUUGUUAUGUAUGGGGCCUAUUAUGAAAAAUAAUGAAGAAAGUUGACCCUGAAACAUGUUUUUUAUGAAUCAUUGCAAAAUAUGAUCUUUUGUAAAAUAAACUAGAAAAAAAUAUCCAGGUGAUUACUGGAGAAACU